AUUGGAAGUGGCACUCGAGCUGCAGUCCGUGGUUGUUAGGCGCCUCGCCAGGCGCAGACGAGCAGCAAGCGACCGCUGCAUUCCCUUCCAUGCUGUUGGACGAGGAGCGCGCUCCAGAGCGGCGGAGUCUCACGGUCGACGACCAUCAGCAGCAGCAGCAGCAGCAGCAGCAGAUCGGCUGGAUUCCUACGAGCGAGUGGCGAGCACGAGAGCAGCAGCAGGAGGAGGACACAGAAGAAGAGGAAGAAGAAGAAGAAGGAGAGAGAGAGUCCUGUCAGUCAGAGAGUGAGAGGGAGAGAGAUUGAGAGUGAGAGGAGACUGAGAGAUUAGUGGGCCAGAGUAGGGAGAGAAGAGAAGAGGAGGAGGAGGAGGAGGAGGAGGUAGAGGCACUGGGCUGGGAAGAGAGCGUCUGGAACGACGACAGAGAGCGAGUGUCGAAGGUGGAGGAGCGGGAGGAAGCAGGAGGCCGCUGGCACAUUUGGAGGAGUGGGAGUGGGAGGAUGGUGAUGGAGAUGGAGAUGGAGAUGGUGGUGAAGAAGCGUGGUGUGGUGGUGGUAUGCGCAGGGUGGGAAGCUUAGAGGACCGGUGGCGUGUCAAUUCGCGUGUAGGAGUGUAGGGAAGAAUCCAUCGGCGGUUGAUUGGGGUCGGUGUGUGCGAGUGGAGGUUUCGAUUUCAUUUUUGUUGUUGGUCAGGACGGGAGUGUGCACGGAGACUCGAUCUCGUGCUUUCCUCGUGCUCUUCUCUCUAUUCUAUUCUAUUCAUCCCCUCUCCUUUCUAUCUAUCUCUGCUGUGUCUUGUUUCUCACAGAGGCGGUGGCCGGCGCGAGCAGGGUAGCAUAAGCACAGACCAGGCCGGUUCUUGAUUUCGUACUACAUUUUCCCGUGAUCUCGUCCCGAGAGGCCAGAUAUCAAUGGCGCAGCGCUGGAGAGCUGCGGACGAACACGGAGCUCAGAGUCGGAGGGUUUCUCGUCGAGGUUCCGCCAGGAGCGCGUCCUCUUGCCAAUGACGGGCCAGGAUCCAAGCGUCUAGAGGAAGUCGUGCACGGGACCUUCAAGAUCUUGCCUUGUGAUGAAAUUUCGUUCGACCGAGGCGAUUUCAGACGUUUGCAUGCGGGAUUGCCUCCGUCGGCACGCAUUUUCAGUGCUGGAGUUCCGAGGCCCGACGCAAUCCUGCCAUUAUGCCAAUCAUUUUCUCGGAGCUCAAAAGUGACUGGCAUUUCGAGUAUCACAUCUGUCUUCCGGACAGCGGGGCAACCUAUUUAUGAUCUCCCUCUGAGAUGAGCCUCGCUCGCAAGCUGAUUUUCGAGACCCGAGCGAUCUUGUAAUCCUCCGGGCACUGCUUCGCCAUCGGGGAGCUCAUUGUAGAUAGUGUAGACGCACAUUGCCACAGCCGUCCCGAGGCCGUCUUCGAGAACGGGUGCGAGCAGAUUCGUCGAGAUCAUCUGCGCCUGAAAGUAGCAGCAGCAGCAGCAGCAGGCGCCGUUUCUAUAUCUUCGCAGAGAUCAGGUGCAGGCACGAACGAUGGCAUCUUUGACUCCAGGCGUGCUCAUGAAGCUGGUGCAACAUAUGAACUCGGACGUGAGGGUCGCAGGCGAGCACCGCUCGGUGCUGCUGCAGGUGAUUAGCAUCGUGCCGGCGCUGGCGGGCAGCGAGCUGUGGCCGAACAAGGGAUUCUACGUCAAGGUGUCGGAUUCAUCGCACGCCAUGUACGUGUCGCUGGCCGAGGAGCAGGACGAUCUCAUCAUGAGCGACAAGUUGCAGCUGGGCCAGUACAUCCACGUCGAGAAGCUGGAGUCGGGGUCGCCGGUGCCAUUGCUGCGAGGCGUGCGGCCAUUGCCGGGGCGGCAUCAGUGCGUGGGCAAUCCGGAGGAAAUCGUAGCCUCGUCCGUCUCCUCGGCGCAAAUUGGCCAGGCCGUGUUCCCGGACUCGGGCGGAGUGUCGAGCAGCAGCGCCGCCAUCGAUUCCUACUCGCGCAGCUCGUCGCGCAGAUUCGACUCGUCCUCGGCCGAGACUGUGGCCUCGCGCUUCGCCGAGAGGUUCACCAGCGGCGCAUCAUCCGAGCGCCCUGCGCCGGGCGGGGCGCGCGACGGGGACGGGCACGGGCACGCGACGACGGCCAAGCCUGCGCCGGACAGGUCCGGCGCCAGCGCGCCGGACGACUUCGCGUCGAAGCUGAACGAGCGGCUGUCGCGGGGCUCGGUGGAGCGCCCGCGCUCGGCCUCGUCCGAGACGGGCAGCGGCGCGGACGGCGCGCGCGACGAGGCGGGCGAGGUGAGCUCGCGCGUCAAGGGCGGGCGCAUCGUCAAGUCCAAAGUCUUUCUCGACGUGUUCAACUCGACCGUGCCGCGCGCGUCGCGGUCCAUCCCGACGUCGCCCGUGCACUCGGCGCCUAGCUCCUUCGCGUCGGACGGACUCGGUCGCGGCGGCGCCUCGCCGGCGUCGUCCAAGACGUCGUCCGCGUCCGAGAAGCUGGCGGCCAAGCGGCGCGUGAUCGCCUGCCCCGAGGACCGGAAAGUCCCGUACAAGGGCGAUCCGUCGCCCGUGACGCUCCGCGGCCGGCAGGGCUCGCCCGGCGUCAAGCGCUCGGCCAGCGUCGGCAAGAGCGCGCGCAUCAACAUCGUCACGGAGGGCAACAAGCGUCGCUCCCUCGGCGGCGCGCUCAAGGCCGGCGAGAUCGUCGCGGUGAAUCCUAAGGGCAUUCGCAAGAGCUGGGAGGGCACCGUCGCGGCCAAGGACGGCCGCGAGCGCGCCGCCGCCAAGCAAGGCAAGGCCGACAUCAAGACCGCCAUCCGCGCCUCGGUGUCGGUGACGAGGAGGUUGAGUGACAGUAACGGGAACAACAGCGGAUUGGUGGUGAAGUGGCAAGACAAAGUGCUGGUCACCCCGCAGCAGCCCAUCACUCCCAAGUUGGGCGUGAAGACUGGCAGAGAGACGCCUGCCUCGGCCCCCGUCGAGCCGCCCGCUGCCAGCUCGAAUAAGUCGCUCGUGCAUCACAAGAAGUGGACUGAUGGCUCGGUGUCCUGGGACAGUUUGCCGGCUUCCCUUUCUUCUCUCGGAAAGGAAGCCAUGCAGAGGCGAAGUGCAGCUUCGCUAGCAGCAAUAGAAGCACUGCAGGAAGCAUCUGCUUCGGAAAGUGUGAUCCGUGCUCUGAGCAUGUUUGCCGAACUUUCUUCGACUGCGAAACCGGAGCUCCCUCAAGCUACCGUGGAGCAAUUUCUAGCUUUCUAUCAAACACUAAAUCAGGCAACAACAGUUGCCGACGCCCUGGCAAAAUCUAGAAGCCCAGACAAAAUUCUCGAAGCUGCAGUCGGCGGUGCUCCUGCUGCGGUCGAGGACACCAAGGACACCAAGGACAACAACACGCCAUCGGACAGGGUAAAAAUUUGUGCAGAGAAGAUGAAAAACGCCGCACUCUGGGUGGGGGCUGCCUUAGCAUCGGACUUGGCGUCGUUUUCUCUACACACGAAACAAGGGGGCAGCAACUCCUCAUCCAAAAAUUCGCUCAAGAGGGACUCGUCGAAAACGGGCACGCAGGCCGUCGUGGUGCUGGAGGCCUCGUUCCGCCUGCCGACGGAUUCUGCCCCGGCUGCCGCCCCCGCCCAAAAGGAAGCAUCGGUCACGCCGAAAAGGCCAUCGCAGCCUGCGGUGCCUGCAUCGCCCAACAAAAUCCCCGUCAGGACUGCGCUCUCGUCCGUGCCUCAGACCGUGGUCGAGAAGCGGCGGACGAUUCUCGAGGGCGGAGGCGAUCAAAGACAAGCGUCGCCCAUGAAAGCCUUCGUGUCGACGUGCCGGCAGCGCACCACGCCGAGUGGGCUGCUGAUGAAGAGCAUGAACAGCGGAAGCAUAAACAGCGGCAGCACGAACAGCGCGAAGACGGCGAAUAAGAGUCCUCCCGAGAAACCUGUGGAGGCCACCAAGGCUGCGGCAGGAGGAGGAAUCACGUACUGGUCUCGAGGCUGUGGGCUGCUGGAGACGGCGGAGCUGGCCAAGAGAUUACAGAGCGAGGCGCAAACGUGGUUCCUGCAGUUCAUGGAGACUGCGCUGGACGGCGGAUUCCAGCUGACAGCCGUGCUGGAAGCGCCGACGAAAGGGAACUCGAUCCCCAAGACGCCCGUGCAGCCGGACAAUGGCCAAAUUGCGGCCAUGCUGUCGCAGCUGAAGCGAGUGAACGACUGGUUGGAUCAAGUGGUGGCAACGAAGCCGGACACCGCCGACGACAAACUGGUCGAGACGCUGGCCCGGCUGAAACGAAAAAUAUACAAGUUCCUUCUGCAGCAUGUGGAAUCCGCAGCAUCUGCACUGUGUAACCAGGCGUCCUUGACGACCUCCAUGAACUCGACAACUACCAAAGACUGUAAGUCAGGAAGCUAAUUGAUGUGCUCUUCAUCAUCACGUCACAUUGUUUGUCUUAGAUGUACACUACACUGAACAGCAGUAGGCCAGAUUCUUGCGCUCCCUCAUACUUGGUCUAUGUAUACAGACCUGAAUAAGCUUGAUCAAGUCAUCCAUGAAAUAUUCCCAUUCACCUUGUGCAGUCAACCUUUGCCAUUUAGGGAGUGCAGCUGUGACGCAGUUCCCUUCUCCCUUCCUCAUUCUCCUCCCCAUUAUGUGUUACAGUUGCAGCCAGCAUCAAUUUAGUUUCAUGGUCUUACGACGAGCAAAGCCCUGACGGGGUUCUUUAAUCUGUCAAGUGACUGAGCAAAAGGGUAUUCUGUUGUGCUGAGAGUUGAAGGAUUGUUCGCGCGCAGCUGUGUACUUCUUCCUUGUCGUCUAUCUCAUGUCACCAUCCGACUCUGAUAGACCUCUGCCGAUUCCCUGCCCCCCAAACAUUCCUUACAAGAGUUCCCAACGAUCAGGAUCACCUAAUCCUUUUUGCAGCCCUGGUACGAAGAGUCAAAAUGGAUCCACCUGUACUUUUACGGAUGAAAUACAUGGUUUUGAUAACAGAGAACAGUUAGUUUUUUACUCCCACUCUCUGAGCUCAUGCAAUAUCAGAUCCGAUUGCUUCGCUUAUUAAAGCCAUGCCCGAUUUUUCUGUACAUAUUUUUCGUCCUUCUUUGGAUUCCAUGUUCCAUUCACAUGUUUCGUAGUCGAAGAAGUUUUGAAGUUGACGAGGCAAGUGCAGUUUUGCAGUGCAAACUAGGGCUCUCCAUGACUCCUUGGUGACAGCAAAUUGUCUUUUGCGAUAGGUUGGGUUUCCAGUAGAAAGACAGGUGAUAGACACAUCGGACUCCGCGUCCAUGCCCGGUCGAAGUCGUGAGCCCAUUGUGCUCUCACCAGCAGCGUGUCACAUCUUUAGGACAGUUUUCUACACCUCGUUGUUCUUGGAUCACCGAUUUCGAUUACAUCGGAGUAUAAUUGUGGAUCUUGCCUAGUUCACUGUGUGUAAGUUGAGGUACCCUGCGAACUUCUUUGCAAAUUUCGAUUUGUAUCUCGUUACACUGCAAUUGUACAUAGAUGACCGUCAAUUCAAGUGAACAUGCUGUUUGAUAUCGAACAAACUCCGAAGAAAAUUUGGUCCACCAGUCGAAUCACUUCAUGAAGACAUUCUAGUCAGCC